AUGCUAGUACAAAAGGGUGAAUCGACAGCAGAUAAAGUAACAGAGUGGCCGCUGCAAGCAAAACCGUUUGAGGCCAUCAUCUCCGAGGGGCAAGAACAAGCCCUACCAGGUGGCACUCAGAGUGGCAACGCAGUGGGAGGCGGUGAGUUAAUUUCUACCACCCCUGCAGCGGUUGCCCGGAGCGAGGCAAAAACGGCGAAUAUAUAUUCUCCGGGAGAACCUGGAGAGAACUCUAAUGUCAUGGAAGUCACGCUAGUUCCAGAAGAAGGCACCGGGGCGAUGUCAGAACAGGAAACGGCGUUUAUGGACAAUGUCUGGGAGCAAAGAAUCUCGCUCAUGACCGACAUUGAAGAACUCCUUUCAAAGCGUGACGAUAUCAACAAACUGAUCAAGAAUAUCUCGACUGUAUCUCUCCUCCGUCGAUCUCUCCCUAGUUCCGCGACGGUGAGCACAUCCGAGUCCUUGCCCGCGAACUCGAAGCUCGUCGGUCGAUUGGAAGCGGAAAAGGCAAAACUCGACUCCCAGGUUGACUAUCUUGUGGGACGGUUGGUGGACUAUGAAAUGUCACUCGAAGCUACGGUUCAAAAGUUUGAUGGAGGGGUGACUGUAGAGCAGAAAGAAACCCUUCGAGUCGCCCGUCGUAGUCUCGAAGAGCUUGGCGUUCUUCUCGACUCAAAGGAUCCCCAUGGAGUCGAAGGCGACGCAACACCAAAGCCGCCGCAUACGGGCCCUGAAAAGGGACAGUCGAUCACUCGAGACGGGAAGAAGCAGUUGAAAACAAAGUGGAAACCCGAGGCGAUGGCUGAACUUGAAGAAUGGGCUUCUUCUUUGAGUGCAUCUUUGGAGGAUCUUGAAUUUGGGUUCGAUACGCCAGACUUUCAGGCGAUACUUGCAAGAAAAAUGACCAAGUUGUACAAAGAAGGGAGACUCGGGGGAUACAACAGGAGGAGCGCGAGCGUCGGCUACGGUGGGAUGAGCGGGGAGAAUGAGGGCGAGUUGAGAGAGAUCGACGAGAGGUCAAAAGAGGCACAAUCAUGGGAUGGAACAAUGAGUAGCGAGCUGGAGGAGAUGAAAGCCGUCGUCUUUGGUCUACGAGAGGCGACACAGAAGGGAAGGAGAGCGGUCGAAGAGGAAACCGAACGAUUGUCAGUCGCAAAAGCGCGUCUUAUUCAGGCAAAAGAGCAAUUGGCUCAACUUGAAGCGACUAUCGCUCAGCAAAGCGCGGAGACCGAUGCAUCAGAGGAAGACCACGUGUCCACUCUAGCUUCGUCAGUACUCAAAGAAGUUGAGAAAUCGAUCACACAAGAGUGGGAAUCCCUCUUGCAAGACGACCGUCGCCGACUAGAGGACGAGAUCAAGGAACGGUCUGCAGAAUUGCGAGCGACGCUUCAGCAAGCACACGAAGAAGAGAUGACAGCAUGGCCAUCCGAGGAACGUCAGAUAAUCGAGGAGAUUGGGGUGGCGCUCCAGCCUGUGCUCAAAUGGCAGAACACGGUCGCGAAAUAUAUCAACCAGCACUCCUCCAACUCAUCCGAGAGUCGAGGUAAUGCGGGAAACAUAUUCGGUGGGAGAGCGGGAGUGAUGGACCCUCCGCCCACUGCUGUCACGUCGACUUUGAGCCCGACAUUGGGGCCGAGUAGGGUGGGCGGACAACCUCCAUCUCGUCCGUGA